AUGCACUCCUUACCUGAAUUUCGGUCGCUAAAGGCAAAAAUUCGCGUGUUAUGCAAGCAGCGUCGUCUUCGAUUAGAAGAAUUCAUGAAGACUUUUGACAUUCAUCGAGUAAAGCGGAUCAAGUCAGAGCAGUUUAAGCGUGCAUUGGAUGUGUGUGGCCUGCAUCUAUCUGCAAUUGAGAUCAAUCUGCUUAUUGCCAAAUACCAAAUUGCAGACGAUCCAUCGUUUGUGGACUAUCAGCGUUUUUGCGAUCUCAUAGACAAGGUGUUUACCGUUAAAAGGCUUGAAGCUAAGCCAACCUUUCAGCCGAGUCAUCCGUCUGACUCUGAGACCGUAAAAUUAGAUAUUCCGAAGCCGCUUACACUGGCUGAAGAGACCACACUCGCUGUCGUCAAGCAAAAGCUGAUGACAGCAGUCAUGAAUAAAGGAAUCGUACUGAAAGAUGUAUUUCGUGAUUUUGAUCGCAGCAAUGCUGGGAAGGUGACUCGGUCACAGUUUGUGAGAAAUAUUUCUGACAUCGUCAUACUGUCACCCAAAGAAACGAAUAUUCUUCUUGAAGCUUAUGGCGACAAUUUAGACGUGCGUUAUCGUGCGCUUCACUAUGACAUUUGUCCGGGUGCAUCGAAUGCUGACUUCAAAGUAGCUGCUUCUUUGUCGCCUGAUAGACGUCGCUUGCCCUCCACAGCAGCAGCUCACCACUCAGUUGGCAUACAAGAGCUGGAGGCUGAGCUUUUUAAUGUUGUCUUGCGUGAUCGCAUUCGAACGAAAAACUUCUUCACCGACUUUGAUCCGCUGCGGGCAGGCAAGUGCACUGAAGCUCAAUUUCGUCGCUGUGUCAAGCUGUGCUUUCCUUUCCUCAGUGAGAGCGACUUCGCCUUAUUGGUUGAGAAGUACGGAAUCAUGCAUUCGCUAGAUACUUUUAAAGUGGAUUACGUUCGAUUCUGCAACUCUAUUGAAGGUAAAAAGAGUUCUCAAGACAACAACUUUGACGAUAUUCUUGAUUCACUUCCUACGGCUUCAACCCACAUGGGUGGCAAAUGCUCACGCAAAUUACGUGCCUCCUUGAGUGACGACGACAAAGUGGUUUACCAGGACAUGAUGCAGCGUCUGCAUACGCUCUACACGACGCGUCGAAUGCUUCUCAAACCUAGUUUUCAAGACUUUGACAAAGGUCGACGGGAACACAUUACCGUCGACCAAUUUUUGCGUGUCAUGGCCAUGUUCAAGCUCACGUUCAAGGAUGAGAAUGAAAAAUCUGUAAUUUUACGACGUUAUUCGAGCGCUUAUGGGGAACGUUUUAUAAAUUAUAUCACGUUUUGUCACGAUUUGGAGCACUGGGUAGAUGAAGACGAUAAUCAGCGUUUAGCAAGCCGUCCGUCUUCACGUGGUGGCAUUGUAUCGGAGAUUAUUGCACCAUCCAAGCUCUGUACCGACACGUCUGCAGAUACCACAGGGAUUACUCGCGUACGGUCCAUUGCGAUGCUUAUGCGCUUUAUCAAGCAGACUGUUAAACGCGAUCGAAUUCGUAUGGAUGAAUUUUUUCGUGAUUUCGACAAACUUCGCCAUGGUAAAAUCACACUUGCUCAAUUCUGCGCAGGGUUAAAUAGUGCAGGCUUGCAUUUAUCGGGUGAAGAGAUGACUAUGUUGAGUAAUGAAUAUGCGUGGAAAGAGGCUGAUAGGGCGGGAAGCCACUGGAUUGCGUGGAGAACCUUUGUGAAUGAUAUUGAGAGUGUUUUUACGGUAAAUGGAUUAGAAAAGACUCCAAAUUAUGAUUUAACAACGUUAGAGUCUCGUGAAGGACAGUUAAAUGGUGUUGUAGAUCUUACAGUGGAUGAUGAAGAAGAAGUAAAGCGAAUUUUAAUGACGAUGAAACGUGCGAUCGAUCGUCAGCGGAUGGAUAUCAAACCUACGUUUGAAGACUUUGAUCGGUCUAAACAGGGAUUUAUCUCCGCAGCCAAGUUUGAACGGGUGUUGUCCAUGUUAAAAUUGCUGCCAGCACGAGCAUCCGAAUUGCGGCUUUUGGUGGUCAAAUUUCGUGAACAAGUCCCGAAUGGCUCGACAUCAAUGCUUAGUUCUAUUUGUGAUGUCAAUUAUCGAGCAUUUUUUCAGGCCCUUGAUAUAGUUGGGGGGUCAAUGAAUGCUACCAGUGAAGCCAUUCGAAAAGUAAAACUUCCUGGUAGUGUUGCUUUUCGACACGAAUUGUACCAAAAUGGAGUUACAAAUGAUGCGUACAAGCGCCAAAGUCGAGGGAUGCAUGAAGAAGCUGCAGAUUUAUCGCAACUUUUAGCCGAAAUACGACGUCAACUUAGUAUCAAGCGAAUACGCUUGAAAGAGUUUCUCGUGGAAGGCGAUAAGCUGCGGUCUGGAGAAAUUACUGUCGCGAAGUUUCAUACUGCACUUAAUCGAAGUGGAUGUGUGUUAGAUGCAGCCGAUUUACUUACAUUGACUUCACACUUUCGCUCUGAACGCUAUCCAGAUAAGAUUGAUUGGAGAACCUUUUUAGAGGCAAUUGAUCUCUCUCAUGGCGUAAAUAUAAUAAAUGAUCAAGUUUGUCAAGACAGUAUGGAGGAUUCUGUGAAGAAUAUCCUUGAACGACUUCGGGCUGAAAUUAUCCGCCGCCGUCUUCAUUUGAAACCCUAUUUUAAAGAUUACGACCCCAAUAAUGUCAAACAUGUCACUCAGUUUCAAUUUGCUGCUGUUCUUGACAUGAUGCAAAUGUCUCUUAAGCCUGCGGAGAUUAAGAUACUAAUGCAUCAUUUUAAUCACCGUGACGGUCGCAAAUCCACGAACGAUAUUAACUAUCUCGCUUUUGUUCAUGCUGUCGAAUCGGAUUACUCUAAAACACCAAUGUAG